AUGGCUUCGAACAUUUACAUAUGUAAGGCAGUAAGCUUCCUUGAGUUUGGCUGCCCUUUGAACCUUCAGGGUGGAAUAAAGUUUGGCUGUCGAAACGUAACUCGUAAACAUGGAAUCGUUCUUCUGUGUUUGGCUAUCCGGCUUUUUCCAGCGACUUCGAUCUCAUGGACUAUUAAAAUAUGGGAAAUAAUUGUCAAGCACGAAUUUUUACAAAACAGAUACGACGUGAACUACCAUUGCAUGACCUUUGCUAAACGUGAAAGCGCGUACAACUCAGAUGCCAGGCUAUUUUCCAGCUUUUGUAAAACAGAUCGAGAUGAAACAUACCCUGUGUUCUUCCCCGGACACUAAACUACGCAAUAGAGAAAACCAGACAAAAAUUCCAAAAAUUAGAUUUUUCCAUUCCAUAGCUUAUGAACUAUCUCUUGAUGAU